CAAGCAGGAGCACAGACAAACAGGCGCUCGAGCGAGCAAGCAGGCGUGUGUUCGCGGCGGGGCCCACGAGCGCCCAAGGCGCUGCCCUGGUGGCCGGCUCAGCUGACCUCCCGCCGGGCAAAGUGAAGGCAGUGUCAGAAACACCACACCAGGCUCCUAUGUAAAGAAACUACCGUGACACUCGCCAUGGCGUAUGGCUUGCCGAGAAGAAACACAGUACAAACCGUUUUGAAAGGGAGCUGUUAUAAUGUACAGGAACCAUGGGACCUUGCAAAGCUCACAAAGAUCUGGUAUACAAACUUAACGAAUGUAAGGUUGCCUUUCUUGGGAGAAAUUGCGUUUGGUAAUCCUGUGAAGCUCAAGAGAUGCGAAACCAAUAUGGAUGGCAUGUUACCUUCAGUGCAAUCCAUCAGAGGGGAAGAGGAAUAUGAAUUAAAGCGUCUCACAAAGCUGAAGCUACAGGAGACUGCAUGGGAGGAGAUCCAGGUGUCCCUAAAGAAAAAGAAAGCUGGCUUGAGAAGACCGCUCCAGCCCAAGUGAUCCCAGCUGAAUCCGAACCUGCUUUUGGCAUCCACGGGAUGAAGGUCUCCGACUCUUUCACUGUGUUCAGUGGAUACAGUGGUGCCUAUGGGUGACUGGCCCGGUGGACCCUGCAACAGAGCCCUUGAGCUCCUGUUACACUUUUGUGUCAUCCAGCAGCCCUCCCUGCAAGUAGAUGAAAAGAGCGCCUGGAAUCUAGUCAUUGUGUGUCACCUGUUUGCUUCAGUGCUUACUUAAGAGUGCAUGGGGGAAGGACAGGCCUGGUGAGGGGGCGCUCUGAAGAGACAUUGAGUGUGUGUCUUUGAGAUUUCAAGGAGAAUUCCCAAAACAGAGAUCAGAAAAAAAGCUUUCUUAAAAAAAAUGAUAAAACUGCAAAUUUUCACCCGGUUAAAAAAGUGAUAGGUUUCAUUUCGUUUGCUCUACAGUUGCCAACUUUCAGUAAUGUCUCAGUUAUUCCCAUGUGGCACUUUAUUUUUAUUUUAUGUUAUAUCAUGUGAUUCUUUAUGACUUACUUGGCUUUCAUUCUCCUGGGGAAAAAAAUGUCAGCUCUCUCCACAGUGGACCUGGAUCGGGGGCCUCGAAGGUGUGUGAAAGGGACUGGAAGGGACAAAGAGGGCCUUACUAUGAGGAGAGCUCGUAUUUGCAGAGUGGGGAACGAGAAAUUAACUGGAAAGAACCCAAUGUGUAUGAGCAAAGUUUUCUAGAAUUUGAACACAAUAAAGCGUAUUUGG